AUGGGUUUUCAAGAAGCCAAUGAUCUGUGCCAAGACAAUGAUAUGGUCUUGGCCAGUAUUUCGACCGAGGACAAAAUGGAAACAGUCAUGGAAUUAACAUCGCACUGGUUGUCUUGUAGUGAUGCUGAUUGUUCCGGACGCUUAUCAAACAUUUUUGGCAAAGUCUUUGACUACAAUGAUCUGCAGAUCAACAUUGAAGUUAAAAUUAAUUUUCGAUGCCUUGAGUUGAAGACCGGCAAAUUAUCCUCUCUUGAUUGUGAGGCUCUUCGUCAACCAGUUUGCGAGGCUGAUUGUUCCCCAAAAGAUCCUUGCCCAAGACCAAGUAAAAACUUCUACGAACACCAAGGACGAUGGGUUUUCAACUACUUUGCUCAUAAAGAUGAACAAAAUUUCGAAGACAUCAUAAAAGCUUGUGACGAGUCAGGGGCCAAAGUGAGUUUUGUCAAACAACCGCCCGACUUGUGGAACAUUAACUGGGUGGUAAGAAAUAGAGGAGGUCCAUCUAACGAGAUGUAUAUUGGACUGGAUCCGAAAAGCUUACCCAGAGACUGCAAAGCUGACGGAUGGACCGACUUGUGCGAAGGCUUGCGGUGGUUGGAUGGAACACCUUAUGAGAGAAGAGUUGUGUCUGUGGGCGUGGAGACGAACGGAAAGAGCUCAGUGGGGUGCUUCAUCGUCACAAUCAAUCUAAGCACAAACCAAACAUACAUCAAGGGAGUAAACGAUUGUGGGAAAGAAAGGGCAGCUGCUUGUUUCAGCGAUUGCUUGCGCCCAAGAUGCCCGUUUCCACGGGGUCUUACAAACGGCCACAACAAUUGGAGCAGAUUUCAGCACCUCAUCGGAGACAGAAUUAGAGUGGAUGGAGUCAGCCAUUAUCUUCAUCCAUGAGAAGGGGCCCAGGGACAUUCCAGCCAUUGCCCUCUUCUUGAAGAUGAUGUCCACCCUACUAGCUGCCCAUUUCUCCGGAUUAGUCAAGGAUAGGUAGGUAUCUAUUUCUUUUGUUCCAAUUCUGUUUCCAGAAAACCCCCUCUGCCACCACGGCAGCUCCUCUCCUCUAUGAAAUUGUGCAUUCCAACAUCAUCAAUAAGAGGAGAGCGUGUACUGUUGCUUUGUGGAUUUCUCAACAGCAUUCGAUAGGGUGGACCGAAAGCGGCUAUUCCUCAAACUCCAACUGUGGGGAGUCCUACGUUCAAUCUGUGUUCUGGUGGCCAACAUCUAUGCAAGACGCAGAUGGUCUAUUCGUUCUGGUGUGGAAGUAUCCCCUUGCUGCUUCAUUUCCAUUGGUUUUCUGUAUGGGGAUUGGCAAUACUUUUCAAUCUUUAUGUAUCCAACCUGCCCAAUGCCCUCACUCCCCAAGGCCCCACCAUCAACCAAUUUCAUUAUAUUCCAUGCCGAGACAUCCUGAUUCUCUUAGCUGAUUCAGCCGUGAAAUUGCAAAAUGCCACCAAUGCACUCCACGGUUUUUGCCCAGAGAACGGCCUUCAAGUCAAUACCCUCCAGGCAAAGGCUAUGGUUUUCCAUAAAUGGCGUCUGCCUCACACCUCCUUCUAUAUUAACAACAGACCAAUUGAAAUCGUCAAGCAACUUGAACUAUGUUGAUUUCACCUUUUCCGCCCAACUCACCUUUACCAAUCACCCCAGGUCCUCAAUAACCAAGGCCAGGGCCAGUGCCAGGGCCAGGAUCGGAUACAAGUGCAAUUGCCUCCCCAUCAAUAAUCUUCCCCAUCUAAUAGUCCUUCAACUCUUCCGGAUCUACAUCACGCUAUUUUCCUCUACGGUCUUCAUCUUUGACUUUCCAAUUCCGCUCAAUGUGCCCUCAAAUCCGCCAAUGGCACCUUCACUAAGUUCCUCAAGCAAUACCUCUGCCUGCCCCAAUCUGCCAAUAAUGCUUGGACGCAUUUCAUAUGCCAAACUAAGUCCCUCGCCAUAAGGCUUGCUAGGUUAUUGUCGACAGUGUUGGGAACCUGACCUUUCCAGUGGUGGUGUCGACACACAAGACUUGGUCAAAGACUUAACAACACCUUGUUAUCCUUGGGAGUCACGCACCUCUGUCCAGCUUCCAGUCUCUACACGUUAACGCAAGAAUCAGAGUGCCACUCCCAGAUUUGGACCCUUGCCACCGAGGUGCCGCAGGCUUUCACCGCUGCCUAGCCGUCCCCAGGCACUUCCAAGAUUUUCAUCUUUUACCUCCAUCCACUUGUCUUUGUGCUGUCUGCGUUUGCGAUGCUCCUCUUCCUUUCCUUUUUUUCAUGUGCACUGAACCAACUUCAAACAAACACUGCAAAAGUAAAGAUAUCGGUUACAGAACAAGUUUAUCCCUCCAGUUGGGGAUACUUUUUUAGCGAGGGGCAAAAUGUAGAAAGGUUUCCUUGCCGAUUAACAAGUUGAAUGGACAAGCUUAGGAACAUCUUUUUACAGCGGUAGUGUCAAAGUAGAAAAAGUGGGGAAAAUAUCUCGUGGAGAGGAAUAACAGAAAGGAAUUCAGGAAAAUAUGCAGAAAGAAAUUCAAAAUCACGUGGUGAUCAGGCAUGCAACUGUGGACUAUUUACCUUACUGUAUGCUCACUUUUAUCAAUCCAUAAAAAAGAUGGAAGAAAUACUGGUUAAUUUAAUGUGUCCAGAAAAGGAAAAAAAUAACUAAAAUCGAACUACCCUUAAAUCCCGAAUCCUCGUAUCUUUUUGCACCCUUUGAUCCUCGUAUGCUCGUCAUUUGUGUCACUUUUCACUAUUUACGAAAGGUUUUAUGAAAAAAUAAAGAAUCGUGUUAGAAGUAUUUUGCACUAUUACGCUAUCUGCUUUUUUUGCAAAGAUACGGUAUCGGUAACGGUAACGUGUUACAUUUUGUACAUUGUAGCAGUAACGGUAAAGUAAAAGCGUUAUAGAGAAGUAACGGUGAUACUUUUUCUCGUUAACAUUUCAAGCCCUGUCAAUUAAGAAUGCUGUAAUUUAACAAUAAGGACACUUAUUUGCAACGCCGUACAGCCCAAACAAAACGAGAAGACGCAUGGUAGGUUGCUAAAAACUGCUUGUGACGUGCCA